AUGCCGCAGCGAUCGCCUUUCGCGAUCCAGGAGCUGCUCGGCUUGAACGGUACCGGCAACGGUAGCGGUACCGAUCGUGGAUCACCUCAGGGUUCGCCACCGGCUGGAAUUUCUGCGGUUUCGUACGCACCCGCACCUCACCAUAAACUAUGGGACUACAUGCCGAGUCUGACGAAUCAUCUGGGCAACCUGGGCAAUCUGGGGAACCUGGGCAACUUGACGGCCUCGAGGAUGGCCUACCUGAAUGCACAAGCUGCCGUCGCUGCGGCCUUUUUGCCCCCGCACCAUCCCCAUUCGGCACAUCAUGUACCUCAUCAUCAGGUACAUCAACCGGGUCAACUUCAGUCAUCACCUGGUGUCAAUGUGCAUCCGGCCACGCAUGCGCAACAUGUACUUCCGGGUACUGCUGUGUCCAAUCAUCAUCAACAUAGUCCAAGUCAACAUACACCACCUCAUGGCUUCUCCCAGUCGAAAAACACGUUUUCAAAUCCAAGUCCAGGAAUGGGACACAGUAUCGACGCGGGGAAAGACUUCACGGUGGACGGCCUUUCGGGAUUCAGUAAAAAGAAGAAAAAGAAGCGUCGUCAUAGCUCCAGGACGAUCUUCACGUCCCAGCAGCUGGAGGAGCUGGAAGCUGCUUUCAAGGAGGCCCAUUAUCCCGACGUCUAUGCUCGAGAGAUGCUCAGCCUCAGAACCGACUUACCGGAAGAUAGGAUACAGGUGUGGUUUCAAAAUCGAAGGGCGAAGUGGCGCAAAACGGAAAAAUGUUGGGGUAGGAGUACCAUAAUGGCGGAAUACGGUCUCUACGGAGCGAUGGUGAGACACUCGCUUCCUUUGCCAGAGACUAUCUUAAAAAGUGCCAAGGAAAACGAAUCUGUUGCCCCAUGGCUAUUAGCGCAAUCCUCUAAGACAAGCAGCUUUAGUCAAGAUUUCGAAAAUAACCAACGCGAACUGAUUGACUGUGGCCCCGUAGGGAUGCACCGAAAGUCCAUUGAGGCAGCGGAGCACCUGAAAUCCGGUGGCGAGGACAGCGGAAACGACCAUGCCGGAAGCGGAAGCAGUCCUCACCACAACCACCAUCAGGGUGGACCAACUAGUUCCGAGAGUGGACAAGAGAGUCAAGACGGCAUGGGUCCAUCCUCAUCCUCUGGUGCAACUCAAGACACAGAACAGCUCAGAAAUGAAAGCAUCGCUUGUCUGAGAGCGAAAGCUCAGCAGCAUCAGUUGCAGCUGAGCUUGCAACCGGCGGGAGCACCCGGAAGUACCUCGUAUCAAACUACUCCACAACCUAGCACGCUUCACGCCUCAGUGUAA